CCCGGAGCCCUGCUCCCCGCCCCAGCUGCGAGGCGGGGGAGGCGAGCGCCGCGCCGCGCCGCGCCGGGAAGGGAAGAAGGGGCGGGGGCGAGGAGCGGCCCGGGAGGGUGUAGCUUUGUCUCCGCCAGUCCAGGCGCAGGGAAGACGCAAACUCGGGCCGGGAGCGCAGCGGGUCCAGCUCAGCCCGGGCAGCAGGCGGCCCCUAGUCCCCGCGCAGGAGUCUAUUGCCUUUCACCACCACCUUGGCUAUCUGAAUCAUUAUAUGGAAAGAGCUUAUUUUGAGGACUCGGAGACAGGACUCCCAGUUCUAUUUCUACCUUUGCCACCCAUUCAUCACUGAGCCUGCUUAUUUCUUUCAGUUUUGUUUUAGACACAAUGUCCGCUCCAGCAUCCCAUCUGCCAGCUCCCAGUGGCUACCCAAUCCCAUCAGCACCCCCUACAUAUGAAGAGACAACAGGAAUAAACACUUACCCUCCUUACCCUGCCCCGGAAUCUGGGUAUGGACCGAACAUGAAGAGUAUGAAUCCUCCUCCGUAUCCUUCACAACCUGUUCCAGCUCCUAAUCCAAUUACAGUUCAGACUGUGUACGUGCAGCAGCCAGUAACAUUUUAUGAUCGCCCAGUUCAGAUGUGCUGCCCCUCCUGUAACAAGAUGAUAGUGACACGUCUCUCGCACACUUCAGGAGCACUGACCUGGCUGUCAUGUGGCAGCCUCUGCCUGCUGGGGUGCGUAGCUGGUUGCUGUUUCAUUCCCUUCUGUAUUGAUGCCCUCCAGGAUGUGGAUCACUAUUGUCCAAGCUGCCAAGCCCUCCUUGGUACCUACAAGCGUUUGUAGGCGAUAUCAAAUAUUGAGUGAAGAUGGGUGUCCAAGAUCGUUCAGCACCUUUUCAAGCUCUUUCUGAACUUCAUUAAGAUCUCUGUGCAUUGUCAUUGCGAAUGGAUCAAGAUUUAUCUCACUGUUGUUUUAAUAGUAAGAAUCUGCUUAGGGGGACUCAGGAUUGGUAAGGGGAUCUAUAGUCUGUCACUUCACAGGCCACUUAGUCAAGCUGGUAGUGACCAAAUGUUGUCCCUCUAUGGUUUAUGCAAAAUAGCUGAUGGUGUGGGUCCGGUUAAUAUUAGAAAGUUCCCCGUGUGGAUUGGCACCUGUGUCACAGAGACCAAGGUCUGAACUUGCAUGCAGGCAAACUUACCUUCUUACGCCUAGAAGUGAUGCCUCUGGAAAAGUAUUGAAGCGGGUUGGCAGGGGACUGCCUGUGAUGGUCCUAUUCUGGUCUCCAGUGUAGUCAGUCUGAUACCUUUUACAUGCACUAAAAUUCACUUUAAAUUUGUUUUUAAAAAUUGCCUUUAAAAGAAACAGAACCAAAAAUAGCCUGAAGUUUGGCUUUUCCCUUAGGCUGCUUUACCAAAUCCAGCCCACUCAGGCUACCAUGUCAGAUGGCUUCUCAACAUGGUCUCCCAGUUUCCUUGCUGUUUGUGAGUUCAGUCAGACCUUUAACACUGCACAGAGUGGUUUUUUGUGCAGGAUUUUUUUUAUAAAUAUAUGUAUGUGUAUUUUUUUUUUUUACUGCUGAGUUAUAAAUCUGUGAAAAUAGCUUUCUAAUGGAAAUGCUGAUAGAGCCAUGGCUCUAUCAGUGUUGUCUUUACUAUAAUAUAAUUACAUGAGCCAAAUGGUAAAUCCUUAAAAAAACAAAAACAAACAAACAAACAAAAAACACCCUCAGGCCUUUAAUUUUAUAAAGCUUGGAUUCCAUCUGCAUAAAUGUUUU